AUGCCAACCCAAACCGCCAAACUCCUUGGCAUCACACGCUUACAACCUGCUCAAAUUAGUAUUGGACUUGCUAACCAUACUAUAGCCAAGCCAAGAGGAGUUGUUGUUGAUGUUCUUCUAGAGAUUGGAGAUAUCAAGAUCCCGGUGGAUUUUCAUGUCAUGAACAUCAAAGGAGGAUGUGAUACGCCAUUGAUACUAGGCCGACCCUUUUUGGCCACUGCUGGAGCUGUCAUGGACUUUCCAAACAGGCGAAUCUCCUUAGCCAAUGUUGACAAGACAGUCUUUUACAAGACCAUACCAUUCAUCUCACCAAACAAGCUGUCCUACUUCAUCACUGCCCAAGGCCGCCCAAGAGAACCACCAGACCACACUCAAGGUCACGAUGAGACAAGCACCAAAAGACUUGUCUCAGGCCGUGCCCUUACCCCAUCUCUAACUAAGAGAUCCUAUCAGUCAAGCUAA